GCCUGGCCCUGCAGCAGGGCUCUAGCCUCCUCACAGCUGAGCCUGGUUUUGGUUUGCUGCUUCUCCUUCUCCUUCUUCUUCUGUAAUGGCUGCUAGGAAGUGGCACUUUUGGACUGGCCCCGAAACCCAGUGCCUUCUGGGGAUUUUGGGCAGAAACAGGGACAUAGACAUAAUCAUGGGCUCCUCUCCCCACCCAACCAAGGCAAUAUAUGCCAAAAUUGCCAGGAGGCUGGAAAGGCAGGGCUUCAGCCGGACUCAGGUGCAGGUCUCUGCCAAAGUGAAGGUCCUGCGCAAUGCCUUCUAUAAGGCCAUGCGGGCUUACAAUGGUGACCCUCCCAGACGCGCCCAGCCUCACUAUUUUAGGGAGAUGUACCAGCUCUGGGAGAAGGCCGGGCGCCCGCACCGGGAGACAUGGGCCGCAGCCGCAAGGCAAGGCAGACGCCAAAGGGCUGUGGAGCUGGAGGAUGAUCCGAGGGCAGGCGCACACCUCCCUCCCAACGCACAGCCCAGAGCAGUGUUCGCUGGUGCAGAGAGGCUGGCACCACUGCCUGUCGCUGUGGAGCCCAGAUUGGCAAUAGAGCACAACAGACAAGUGGUGGCCAUCCAAGAGCAGCUGUCACAAGUGCUGGAGCAUCUGAGGCAAGUGACAGAUCAGCUGGGCACUGUAGAGAAGAGGCUGGCACAACUGGAGGCCACCGUUGACUGCCACACAAUAUGGAUCGACCGUUUCGUAGCCUCCAGAUCCCCCCCUCAUUGAGAGGGCUGUUUUUUUAAUGCAUUUAUGUUAAUUAUGCCAUUUCAGUUCAUUGAUGUAAAUAGCUAAAAUAGUGUGUUUGUAUGCAUGCGCGCACGUGUGUCUGUGUGCAUGGUGUUUGAUGAGCAUUGUCUCCCAUUUUUAUUUUGUGUUUCCCCCAGUGUGUUGUGUUUUAACAGACUCUGGGUUUUUUGUUUUGGGGGGUAAAGUCCCAAUGUCUUCUGUCAUUUUUGCAUGUGGCUUUUGUAUAGCCAGAGCAUUGUAAAUAUUUUUCCCCAAAAGUUAUUUUAUAAUACAAUCUAAAUUACAAGUAAU